UUUUUUCUUUUUCUGGACAUUGUGUUUUGAGGCCAAGGAAAUGUACCUGGAGGAUCAGAAUAAAGGUCCGUCAGGCUCUCUGUAGAUCUGGUAUAAGGAAAUAUGGGCAGAAGAUUCGGCAUUUCAUCGAAAGCCUUGUGCUGCCUCGCGGCCCUUGUGAUGGUGCAGCGAGUUAAAGGUGGUAGAUGUAAAACCAUGCAUUUGACUGAUCUCGUUCCCGGCAUGCACCUCAAGCACCACUUGGAAACCAGCCACAAAAACAUCACAGAGGAUACAUGCAGUAUCAGAUGCUUCUUGAGUGACAUGUGUCAAUCAUACAACUACAAUUAUAAGACAAAAACCUGCCAGACAAGCAAGUCUACAAGGAUCCAGCACGCUGAAGACAUGGAGGAAACUGACGAUGCUAUCUACGUCGGUACAAAGAACAAGUGUGUGAAGGGAACAUGCCCAGAAGGCUCAAACUGUAAGGCAGAUUUUGUGACCAACAGCUUCACCUGUAUUGCUGAGACCCAGUCAAAUACACAGACACCCGAUACCCAGUCAACAACAGAGACACCCGAGACCCAGUCAACAACAGAGACACCCGAGACCCAGUCAACAACACAAACACCCGAGACCAAGUCAAUGACAGCAACAUCAGAGACACCUGAGAACCAGAUUGCAAUAACAACGGCCCAGAGUACGACGACAAGUGAAGUUAUGACAACUGCGGCUGCUUCAAUCGCAAACUAUGAUGCUCUUUACUGGAAACGUGGACAGUGACUCAGUCGUGAAACAUAUCCUAGCCUACCAGCCCAUCGCUCAGCAUGUUGGGUUCUUGCCGGUAUCCUCGUUUGGAUCACCCGCCAUGCGAGUAGAGGUAUAUGGCACUCGACGCUAAGAGGAAGCUGUAAAGGCCACAUAUGAGAUGUUAUACAACGACAUUCGUAAAUCGCUCUGAUUGAUCGAUGGUCCAUGUGCAAUUAUAGGACACAUGCACGCUUGACGUCAGCAUGUGCGAGCGCUCCCCAAAACUAGUUUGUAAAGUAGGAAUUUUUUUUAAUAUUGUUGUAUGUAUUUUUUUUGUGUGUCUGUCAUCUGAUAGAUUCCCUGCCUCUCGUUGUGUACAUUUUUGUUCAUGAAACGCUGUGAUGUUAACAUGGUUUUUAACGGCAUGUAUGAAACAUGGGAUUGAGGCUCUGUUUUUUCGCGAAAUUGUAUUCCUAUUCCCUGAAACAAUAAAAUGCCGGCAUGUGCUGGUUAAUCAAA